AUGCGAUCUCACAAGUACGAUGACAACUGUUCGGCUACCAGCUCCUACCCGUCUUACCCGCCGGCAGCACCCUCGGCGUCCUUUCGCAACCAUCCAGCCAGCAUGCGACGACUCAGCGUAGACAGCAAUCGACCUCCUUCGCAUUCCGGCAGCUCCCGAUCACCGUACAACGAAUCGCAUCGAAGCCCGCUGCAGCUCCAUCCACCGCAGCACGCACACAGUGAUUCCGGUUCAUACGAGGAAAGAGACCUCGGCGAGAUCGCUGCUGCCAAUCAAGCUGCUCAGGAACGGACUUGGGGUCCGCACGCCACUCUCUCGGAAGUUCCUGCUCGGUAUGAGCUGUACGCAGACCAGCUUGGCUACGUUGAUCAUCUUCAAUCUACGCCGGCCACACCGGGCGGCUAUCGGUCAGCUCACUACGAGCCGGCUUACUACGAUGGCGGCGUCUACAUGGAGUAUGUUCCCCAGUACCACGGUCCGCCCAGCCAGGGAGCACCGACGACGGUCUCGGGACGAUCACACCAGAGCUUGCCAGCCUAUGCCUCGCCUGCGUCGGAGCCACCCAACAUGUUUGACGUCACCGCAGCUCAUCACCUACCUGGGUCUCGUGCGCUUCCGCAAAACAGCUUCGGACCAGGUGCACGUGUCGGCGAUCCUCUGCCUGGUUUCCCGCAAUGGUCUCAGACCUGGUACGGUGGGCAUCUCUCUGCGGACGGUCAUGCUUACACGAUGGUGCCACCAGGCUCCGGCCAGAGCGGAUGGGAGAGCGAGAGCUUGAGUCACGGCCGUUACGGGCCACCGGGGCCAGUUGGUGCGUACGGUGCUUACCCCUACGGUCGAGCGAUACCGAACGACUACGUCAAAGAAGAACGCAUGAGAAUGCUGGAGAAGGAAUUCGGUACCAAAGUGACCCCUCGUAAGGGAAAAGGCAAAGCAGCCGGAGACGAAGAUCUCCACGACGAUGACGCAGAGCGAGAGGAGGUUCCGCUCGGCAGCGUCGAUGCCAAAGGUAGGCUAGUGCUCCCUCGUCGCAAGCUACGCAUGGCAACGCGCUGGCUGCAAUGCCUGGUGUCCCUCGCAGCAGCUGGUCUCGGCAUCGGCGGGUUCAUUCUCAUCCGACCGGCACAGAAAGCACCACCCUCUGGCACCUUUGCCUCCUUUGUCCUGUACGGCGUUUCCGCCAUUUCAACCAUUGCGUGCCUAUGGCUGUUUGCCUUAAAGCCGUGUUGUCGGUCUUCUCGCGAGCCUAUGCCCAAGGGAGGGCCAGGAGCUGGCAACGGUAUGGUGAUACCCAUCUUGUCCGCCGGUAACGCCGGUGGCAACGGCAAACCAGGCAUGUUCGCCAAGAAGGCCCAGACGCAGCAGGCACCCAUGGUCAACCUCAUCGUCGAUCCAAAGCUCCUCGGUGGACGUGCAGGUGAAUCUGACACCGACACUGACGAUGACGACGAAGAGAACACUUCGGUUGAGGAGCGCAGACGAAAGAAACGCAAAGACAAGAAGCGCAAACAGCUCGGCGUGUUGGCCAACAUGAAGCAGCAAGCGCGGUGGCGCAUCGCACGCAAGAGCCUCAAAUGGGACUGUGGCUGGGAUGUCGUGCUGUGCCUGCUGUGGGGGACGGCGGCGGUGAUGGCGCUGGUCGUGGGGACAAAGUGUCCGGCGGGGACGGGGGAGGGUUGGUGCAAUCUAUACAAUGGGGCUAUCGCGUGCUCGGUGGUGGCUACGUUGCUGUUUCUGGUCGCGAUCUAUUGCGAUGUUGUCGGGCUGCGUGGCUCGAAGGCUCCGCCCGGCGGUCGUGUCUAG